AUGAAGAAGUUUGUACUCAAGUUAGAUUUGCCAGAUGACAAGGCUAAACAGAAGGCCCUUAAAACAGUUUCAACCCUUUCAGGGAUUGAUGCCAUCUCCAUGGACAUGAAGGAGAAGAAAUUAACAGUGAUAGGAACCGUUGAUCCAGUGAAUGUGGUGAGCAAGCUUCGGAAGUACUGGCAGACAGACAUAGUCUCAGUAGGUCCAGCAAAGGAGCCUGAGAAGAAAGAGGAACCGAAGAAAGAAGAGCCAAAGAAGGAGGAAGAGAAGAAAGAGGAGGCAAAGAAGGAGGGGGAAGGCAAAAAGGAAGAGGAGAAAAAGGAAGAGCCAAAGAAAGAAGAGAAGAAGGAAGAGAAAAAAGAAGAAGAGAAGAAAGAAGAGGAGAAGAAGAAAGAGGCACCACCCCCACCCCCAGAUCCAGUUUUAGAGUUGGUGAAGGCUUAUAAAGCUUAUAAUCCACAUAUGACCACAUACUACUACGUUCAAAGCAUGGAAGAGAAUCCCAAUGCUUGUGCCAUUUGUUAA